UGAUAGCAGUAAAAACAACAACAUCAUUAUUUUGGAGUGCUUAAUAUCUCUGGAAACUCUCCCAAGUGAUUUACAUAUGUUAGCAUAAGGAAUCUUUAUGCGUACCUACACAGAAGAUGCUAUCUUCCAGAUGGGAAACUGAGGCAUAAAGAGGUCACUUAGUUUUCCCAAGGUCAUGUAGCUAAGUGAGCAGAAGACUUAUGAUUCAAACCCAUGUAAUCUGACACCUCAAAUUUGUGCUAGGUUGCUUAUCAAGAAAGAACCUCAGAGAAGCUAAGCAGCAACCCACAGUGAGUGAUAGGUAUCAGAGACAACCCUCCAAACAGGUCAAGAAUGUGAGGGGGGCAAAUGAGAUAAAACAAGGCUACUGAGUUGCCAAUGUUAAGAAAGAAGAACUGAACAUUGAAUGGCAAGUCCUCCACCUUUAGUCUCAUCUGCUUCCUGCUCCUUUUCUUGACCUGCUUCAGGUGAAAUUGAGGCUCCUUCCCUGGAGUCAUUAUCCUAAGACUGCCUGGCUUUGGCCUCAAACACAGUAGUUGGUAUUUUGCUCCAUUCACAGCAGCCUCUGGUUCACAGAACAGUAGUCCUUGGAGUGUGGGUGAAAUAAAAUCCAGGAGUAUUCACUGGGAGUAGAGGCCAACUGAACAAACCUAGACUAUGCUUCCUGUUGCAGAGGCAACAGGGUGUGGACCCAAGAUUAGCCACCAGUUCUUUGUGCAUGCCCAUCCAGAUGCACGGACUGCUGAGCAUCAAACCCAGUGCCUCAUGCAUGCCAGGUUUUUAAAAAAGCCUCAAGGGACAUACCACCAUCACUGGAUGCCUAAUACAUCAAAGAAACCUGGCGGCGUGAGAGGUACUCUGAACGCGUGCAGGAUGGUACCAGGAAUCAGCUCUAAAUGAUCCACACUUUCCUUAGAUCUCAACGUGCUAUUGGUCACUUUCAAGAUGCCUUUGUACUUCUGAUAAAUGCAAACUGGCAAGGCCACGCUGGACAGAAAAUUGGAGGGAAGAUCAUUGGUUUUGGAACUCUAGAAGAUCGCCUUAGAGAAAAAUCUCUGACUGUCGUUUGAAAUGCUGAGGAAUUUGUGGCGGAAGAGACUUUUUUCUUAUCCCACUAAAUACUACUUUAUAUUUCUUAUUUUUUCCCUCAUUACUUUCUCUGUUGUAAGGAUUCAUCAGAAGCCCGAAUUUGUAAGUGUCAGACACCUAGAACUUGUUGGAGAGAAUCCUAGUAAUAAUAUUAAUUGCACCAAAAUUUUGCAGGGUGAUGCAGAUGAAAUCCAGAAGGUAAAGCUUGAGAUACUAACAGUGAAAUUUAGAAAGCGUCGUCGGUGGACACCAUCUGACUAUAUAAACAUGACCAGUGACUGCCCUUCAUUCAUCAAGAUGCGUAAAUAUAUUGUAGAACCUCUUAGUAAAGAAGAGGAGAGCUUCCCAAUUGCAUACUCCAUAGUGGUUCAUCACAAAAUUGAAAUGCUUGACAGGCUCCUGAGGGCCAUCUAUAUGCCUCAGAAUUUCUACUGCAUUCACGUGGACAAAAAAUCAGAGGACUCCUUCAUAGCAGCGGUGAUGGGCAUCGCAUCCUGUUUCAGUAACGUCUUUGUGGCCAGUCAGUUGGAGAAUGUGAUUUAUGCAUCCUGGAGUCGGGUGCAGGCCGACCUCAACUGCAUGAAGGACCUCUACAGAAUGAGUGCCAAUUGGAAGUACUUGAUCAAUCUUUGUGGGUUGGAUUUUCCUAUUAAAACCAACCUGGAAAUUGUCAGGAAACUCAAGUCCUUCAUGGGUGAAAACAACCUGGAGACGGAGAAGAUGCCAUCUAAUAAAGAGGAAAGGUGGAAGAAGCAUCAUGUGGUCAUUAACGGAAAGUUGACAAAUACGGGGACCACCAAAGUGCAUCCUCCGCUCAAAACACCUCUCUUUUCAGGCAGUGCCUAUUUUGUGGUCAGUAGGGAGUACGUGAGGUAUGUGCUAGAGAAUGAAAGUAUCCAAAAGUUCAUGGAAUGGGCACAAGACACAUACAGCCCAGAUGAGUAUCUCUGGGCCACUAUCCAGAGGAUCCCUGAGGUCCCAGGCUCGCUCUCCUUAAGCCACAAGUAUGACUUGUCUGACAUGCACUCAGUUGCCAGGUUUGUCAAGUGGCAGUACUUUGAAGGUGAUGUUGCCAAGGGUGCACCCUACCCGCCCUGCAACGGGGUCCACGUGCGCUCGGUGUGUGUUUUCGGAGCUGGCGACUUGAACUGGAUACUGCGGAAGCACCACUUUUUUGCCAAUAAAUUUGACCCGGACGUCGAUCUCUUUGCCAUCCAGUGUCUAGAUGAGCAUCUGAGGCAUAAAGCCCUGGAGAUGUUAGAACACUGACCACUGUAGGCAAAUUUUAGGAAUAAUAAGAAAAAUACACAAAAUGAACCCCCAUCUGCUUCCUCUGCUUUGUCAAAAAGAAAAAUUAUAUGGGGUCCGCUUUGGGGUGAGGAUUCUCACGUUGUGAUCUAGAGUCAACAUGGGAGGAGCACUUAAAGUGACUGGGAGCCAGGAACUGACAAGGCGUUGUGGAGAGAGGGGUUCGGAAUGGGGCUGGGAAAGAGGCCAGUGCAGGAAUCAGCCUCAGGGAUUGUUAAAGAGCUCAGGGACUUAACAAAAUAAGAAGAUUUGACUUGUGCCAAAAUUAUUUUGAGAAUUUUAACUAUAACAAUUUUCCUGGUAUGAAUAAAUUUAUAGCAAGAAUCAGUCAUAAGAAUACAAAUUUAUCUUGGAUAUUAUAUUUGUUGGAAUAAAAAUUUGAUUUUACUCUAAAUGA